UCCGUAUCGUGGGUGGCAUGGACUGCAUCAGCUGUGCUGGGAAACAUUGAAGGGUUACCAGGUUGUAAACUGCUUCAGUAUCUCAAGAUGUCUGGCUCUUGCGGUCGUGUUUAUGUCGUGUGUAGUGCAAGAUGAACCCAGCUUAAAGUAUGUCUCCAUUCACCAGCCAAGAUGCCUCGCCACAGUAGGGUACAGCAGGAAGUCCUUCACUUGUAUAAGCAGUGUCUUCGGGCAGCCGAGAAGAAGCCAGGUUUUUACAACAGUGUACAGCAUGAGUUUCGUAAGAAUUCAGCUGUUCCAAAGACAGACAUACUCCGCAUAGAGCACUUACUCAGACAAGGCUGGCGGAAACUGAAGAUGAUGCAAGAUCCGUUUGUCAAUGUCAGGUCUGCCAAACCAGCCUUAAAAAUGGCAAGCAAUAUUAUUCAUGUUGAAAAAUUGGGAUGUUUGCGAUACUUGCCCGUUUGGAAUUACCAGAAAACGAUAGCAGAAAGAAUUGCAAAAAAUGUAAAGGAUGGGAAGACACCUGGCCACACACUACUGCUUGUGGAACACAAACCAGUAUACACAACUGGCCUUCGUGAAUAUGAAUAUACAGCUGAGGUGGAAGCUCGACUGAAGUCGACAGGUGCGGACUUCCACCACACAAACCGUGGGGGACUUAUAACCUUCCAUGGGCCAGGGCAGCUGACAGUUUACCCCAUUUUACACUUGAAAUCCUUCAAUUCUGGCAUUAAAUGGUAUGUGUGUGCUCUGGAACGGACUGUCAUACGGACUUUGCAGUUGCUGGGAAUUACUGGUGCGCACACAACACCUCACACUGGAGUGUGGGUUGGUGAAAAUAAAUUGUGUGCUAUAGGUAUCCAGGGGCGUCACAUAACAACUCAUGGCUUAGCCCUGAACUGCAACGUAGAUCUGAAGUGGUAUGAUCACAUUGUUCCAUGUGGGCUGGACGACAAGGGUACAACAAGUGUCAGCAAGGAACUAAACAGGGAUGUAACAGUAGACGAAGUAGAGCCUUACUUUCUAAAAUCCUUCUCCGAGGUAUUUCAAUGUAAACUUGUUCUUGCUGCUGAUGAAUUUGUUAUGGAAUGAUUAGUUACUACUGGUAAUCAAAAUUUAUUACUAUUAAUGUAAAAAAAAAUAAAAAUAUUUACUUUGGGCCAAGUUUUAUUUUAAAAAGUAAUGCAACAUUAAGAUAAAAAAUAUUUUGUUCCAAUUAAAAAGUGCUCCAUGUCCUCUGAUGUAACACAAAAAAUAUAGAUUUGACUUUGUGCUGAAUUAAUCUACUAUUGUGUGUGAUGUAUUUAGGUGAAAGUUUUAUGGUAUUUUUAGUAAGCUUCACGUACCUCACAAAUACAUAACUUUAAUUUAGUUAGCGACUAAUCUAUUAUCCACAAGAACAUUGUUCAUAGUUGUGUUCAUUACGCUUUGGAUAACAUACCAUAUAAACAACUCAAAUAUCUUAUCUAUCCAUUUCAUACACCAUUUGUUUACCCACACGGCCCACCCUUUAGAGGCAGCAUGCACCUCGGCCACACACUUACCAUUGGGAUUAUUUAGAAAAAAUGCAAAACCUCUCUAAUAUGUUGGCCAAUGCGUUACUGUAGACAGAGAGAGAGAGAGAGAGAUAUCGACCGACCUACCUUUUGUAGUACAGUACAAGAAAACCCAUACCAUUCCUCUGCAAGUUCCGAAGUGAAGCAUACUAGAAUUUUUUUUUUUCAUAAUAGUUAAUAAAACUUGACAAAUAUUACAGAGGUGUUUUGUUUGGCUCUAAUGAUUGCUCAUAUAUAUAUUUCCAAAUCAAGAUGUGACAGUGUAGUAUGUAUAUAUUUCUAGUUUCUGAAAAAAUAAAUUAUUUAAAUACUGUAACUGAA